AUGCUCCUCAUCCCUCAGAAUGCUCGCUACUAUUACCUUCACCUUGUCCACCGCAUCAUUGCACAAUUUCAUGUCAAUGCAACUCUAUCCAACACCGGGUCUGAGACUCUCCGCUUGCUACGCGACCCCCGUUCUCCUCUAUCAACAUGGGCAACUGAGACCUUUGGGGUCAUAAACAGCAAGGGCUGGUCGUCCGAUUCAUUCGUUGAGCUCAACCCGGGCGAAUCGGUUACUGUCAAACACGAUCUCGCCGGUGUAUACAACUUGACUCUGACCGGUACUGGUACAUACACUGUCGAUGCUGCCAACCUCUUCCCCAAGGUCAAGAUUCAGGGCAAGCUUGUGUCUUUUAAAAAUGCUGCUGCUACCCCGGUCGUGUCACUUUUGAGCGAGUAUACAGAAUAUUCUGGCUGUACGGCUAAUCAACAGGGUGAAAUUGCGGGUGCCAUUGAAUCCGCACGGGGAUAUGCUACCAGUUCUUACGAUCACUUGAGGUCAAACCCCUAUGGUUCUAGCGUUACACUCGUUGGUUUGGGAGGUUCUCAUACAAUACGAUCAUUCAUGAAGGGACCCAUUUCCCCCCAGUUAUUGGGUAGUACCAGUGAUUACGCCUACGGGCAGUCAAACUGCUUGGCCCUCGCCAGGUCUAACCCAACCAAUGCUGUCUACAAUGCAGACAACCAUGCAUUCUUCUCGGUUGACACAGAAAUACGCUAA